GGUCUGCGCGCCCCCGGCACGUCCCCGCCGGGCCCGCGCGCCUCGUGCCUCAAGCCUCGCGCCUCGCGCCUCCAGCCACGUCCCCGCCCCGGCUCCGGCGCGCCGGGGAGUUGGCUCCUGGGAGGUGCGGGACUGGGUGUGGCCGGCGGCUCUGGUCUCGGCGGUGUGCUGAGCUCUCCACGCCGGCUUCGCGCUCCAGGGGCUGCUGAGCGCCCAGCGGACCCCGGCAGCGCGCGGUCGACGCGGGCCCGAGCUCCCUCCAGCUGUUUUCACUCAUUAGCUCCUGAGGUAAACAAAUUGAAAAAAUGAGCGAACUGGAACAGUUGAGGCAAGAAGCAGAACAACUGCGGAAUCAGAUUCAGGAUGCUCGGAAAGCAUGUAAUGAUGCAACGCUUGUUCAGAUUACAUCAAAUAUGGACUCCGUGGGUCGAAUACAAAUGCGAACAAGACGUACACUGAGGGGCCACCUAGCUAAAAUCUAUGCUAUGCAUUGGGGAUACGAUUCCAGGCUGCUAGUCAGUGCUUCCCAAGAUGGAAAAUUAAUUAUUUGGGAUAGCUAUACAACAAAUAAGAUGCAUGCUAUUCCUUUGAGGUCCUCCUGGGUGAUGACCUGUGCUUAUGCUCCCUCUGGUAAUUAUGUUGCCUGUGGAGGCUUGGACAACAUCUGCUCUAUAUAUAACUUAAAGACCAGAGAGGGAAAUGUGAGAGUAAGCCGAGAGUUGCCAGGUCACACAGGGUACUUGUCCUGCUGUCGUUUUUUAGAUGACAGCCAAAUUGUUACAAGUUCAGGAGAUACAACUUGUGCUUUAUGGGACAUCGAAACUGCCCAGCAGACCACCACAUUCACUGGGCAUUCUGGAGAUGUGAUGAGUCUUUCUCUGAGUCCUGACAUGAGGACUUUUGUUUCUGGUGCUUGUGAUGCCUCUUCCAAAUUAUGGGAUAUUCGAGAUGGAAUGUGUAGACAGUCUUUCACGGGACAUGUCUCAGAUAUUAAUGCUGUCAGUUUUUUCCCAAAUGGAUAUGCCUUCGCCACUGGCUCUGAUGAUGCCACUUGCCGGCUCUUUGACCUUCGUGCAGAUCAAGAGUUAUUAUUAUAUUCUCAUGACAAUAUCAUCUGUGGAAUCACUUCUGUAGCCUUCUCAAAAAGUGGGCGUCUCUUGUUGGCUGGUUACGAUGACUUUAAUUGUAACGUAUGGGACACGCUAAAAGGAGAUCGUGCAGGUGUCCUUGCUGGUCAUGACAACCGUGUGAGCUGCUUAGGUGUAACUGAUGAUGGCAUGGCUGUGGCAACAGGCUCUUGGGACAGUUUUCUUAGAAUCUGGAAUUAACAGUGUCAUACAUAUUCUUUGUUCUCCAUUGAUACAUCUGGAGAAAUCAAUGCUACAGCCUAUAGCUGUGAAAAAGUUCUACCUUAUAUUUGCAGGUGAAGAUUUUUCUAUGAGAUUAUAUACAAAAACAAGCUUUCAGUAAACUACCAAAAAAAAGUGGGGGUGGGGGAAAAAAGGCAAAGGCGCCUUCUGAGAUCAAAAGGACCAGUGUAUGUAUUUGAGGGGUUGGGUUAAUUUAACCUUGAUGAAUUGUUGUGUGUACUCAGAGUCUAUUUUCUUUGUGCAGAACAGAAUGUACACAUUAUAGCAGCUCGCCAUUGUGUUUGCAUUUUUUAAGAAGUACAUUUUUAACUUUGUAUACACAAGAAAUGUCACAUUUUUGAGUUUUAUAAUGGAAGAACCAGGCACAGAAACAGACAGAAAUGAUACUGUAUGUGUCUGUAUUUAUGUCUGAAGAAAGUCCCCUUGAAUUCUAUCUCUUUGAAUCUAAGAGAUCCUGAUGGCUUCAUGUUUAAGAGCAUUGACAGGCGGGGCACCUCUGAGGGGAGUCCAUUGUUUCUCAUGCAUCAUUUGCCGUAUACUAUUAAUCAAAGUGCUUGCUUUCAGUCCUUUGAGGGGACAGAUAAUCUGAAGAGAUUAGAGAUUUCACUGAUAUUUUGGACAUAGAUAAAAAACAUCAUUAUAAUUUAUUAAUAAAAAGUAGGUAAUAGCAUAUAAAUGGUUCUUGACAUUUUAAAAGCCUGGUUAUGAUCAGUUGACACUUUGAGUACCCCCCUAAAUAGCUGGACUUUCCUAUUCAUUUCAUAUUUGGAACUAAGUCUGUAAGGUAUACUCAUCUUUCAGAGGUUUGGUAAACAUUGGGAUUGUCCCUGCAUCUGAACAUCUUUCCCAGUGCUAUCAGUGUACAUCUAGAGAGGAAAUGCAAUGUGACAGUGUUACAUUUGGAGAGAAGUGUGAAAUCUAACCAAUCGCUAGCACAUAUUUGUUGUAAUAUGGUGGUUUAUUUCAUGUUUGCAUACUAUAAAAUCUGAAUUGAUGUGAAAUAUCUGUGCCUUUAAAUUUCUUAAAAUGAAACCUUUAAGCUUUUUGUUCUGUUUUGCAAUAUUUUGUAGUAUUUCUUCCCUUCCUUAGCACAAAAUACUGGUUUCUAAGUGGUUUUGCUUCAAAGGAUGUCUAGAUGUAAGUGAUUCCACUUAAAGCCAAAAUAAAAGUUCCGAAAGCAGUU